GCUGCUCUCUCUGUGCUGCUGCGCUGCGUCUCUGAGCUCUUGGACGUGACGAAGCGCUUUCAAACGCGACCUUUCACCGACUGCCUCGCGCACCGUCCGUCAGAAAGCGCGAGGAGGAGCGCCAACGCUUCACACGGACAGAGCGAGACCUUUUUUUUCUUUUUUCUCUUUUUUUUUUGCCAACUGCAGUUCCUGCAACUCCUGCAACUUUUUUUGUUGUUUUCCACUUGCAGAAGCGAUUUCGUGGCACACGCUCGUCGCUGAUGGCCGUCGUCUCGCGGUUUAGGCUGCAACAAGCAGCCAACAUCUGCGAUCGCGCUUAAGUUCGGUGCAGCACGCGCGCUCAGGAACCUGCAGCAAACGCACACGCACACGCACGCACGCACACACAAACAGAACCUCGAAAUGUGCACGUGCUGCGCGUCUGGAGCGCGCGCUAAGGGAGUCGUGUCGGCGUGCUGAAGCUGCCAUGCAGCGCCUCGUGCUCCGGAGACGCGGGCGCGCGCUGCGCCUCGCCUGCUCGCUCGUGGCGGUGGCGGCGCUCGCGCUGGCUGCCUGCAGCGCGCUGCUCACCGCGUGGACGUGGCGGCAGAGCACAGAGCUCCGCAGAUCCGUGCAGAGCCUGCGCGAGAGACUGGAGCAGGUGAAUAUGCAACGCAAGGCUAUUGUCCAGCUCUUCCUGGAGAAGAGAGAAUUGCUUGAGGGCCCACGAGUGAGGAGAGAAGUGGGAACAGGCAGAGGAAAAUAUGGAAAUGGAAAGAAAGUGGCCUCUCACUUUGAGAUAACCAAAGAUUCCCUCCAAAAAGUGGGGAGUGAAGGAAUCAUUAAGGGUUGGACUGAACAGCAGCUGAAUAUGACCCAAGCAGUGCAUUAUAAUGCAGACACCGGUACUUUCAAAGUGGUGCGGAGGGGUGUCUACUUCCUCUACUGUCAAGUGCACUUCAAUGAGAAUCAGAGUCAGUAUGUGAAGCUGGAAGUGUCUGUCCCUAAAGGCCCCUCGCUGCGGUGCAUGGAGGGAUACGGCACCACUCCAGCAGCCGGCUCGCACCAGUUCCACUUCCUGAAGCCUUGCCAGGUUUCUGGCCUGCUGCUCCUAGACAAGGGGGCCGAGCUGAAGGCUGUGACUGGAAACUCCUUCGCUCUGCAGGUUUCAGGCAAACAUUACUUCGGCCUCUUCAAGGUUAACUAAAGGACAAUUCAGCCUUGAUGACUACAUUUUUUGGAGGGUUGCAACAGUCACUGGUCACUGGCUCCAAGGACCAUUAUUGUUUCUUUUAUUAAACCUGCAUUUGACUCUGACCCGAUGGCUCGGCUCUUGGUUGAGCCCAUAGUUACAUGCCGUUGGCCAGGACAGAGAAAAGGAUGUUUCCAGAGGCACCUGUCAGUGGUUUAAAUGAUGACCAUACGUUCAAUGGUGGCAUAAAUAAAGAAACAUUUAGUUUGAGGAAACACUCGGAGACCUGGACUGUUGGACCGUUUUACAGGGGAUCUAUUUUGGACAUUUUGGUCUGGGCAUAGAAUGCCUUGUUAAAUGCAAAAGAACACCAACUGUGCUUACAAUUGUAGCAUGCAAGAGACGUUGCUCCAGGAACAGGGCUGCCUCAGAGAGUGGCAGCCAGACUGAACAAAAAGAUCAGUAAUGACAGAGGGACCACUGGACAUGGUAGUUUUUGCCACUGAUUGCUUGGUUGUACCAAAACUUUGUCCUGAACCAUGUAUGCCUUAUAUUUGAAUUAGUUUUGGCUUGUGAUGAGGAUUCUAAUUAUGCACCAAAUAAUAUUCUGUCCUUUAUACUGACCUUCACAGUCAAUGCAUCUUAAGUCUGACAUUUUGCUUUAAGUGUCUAGUAUGCCGUACUGUAAGCACUUCUGACUUCAGAUUGUGAAAAUACAGUACAAGUUGGUGGCUGAUUACAUAUUUUAGUUCCGGAGUUCGUUGAUGGAGAUGAAACUUCUUAUGAAGUCACAAUAUGCCUUUGUUUUUUUAAUACAAUGCACAGUUUUGUAAGUUGUUUAAAGGUAAGGUUACAGAUUUUUAUACUGUCUUUAUUGCAUUUAAUCUUACUGAUUAGUGAUGCAUGAAACAGCUAGUGUUUCAUUGUGACCAAAAAUAUAUCAACGUCUCUUGGCUGUAAAGCUUCCACAAAUAUUACCAUUACUGUUAAUUAAAUCUGAAAUGGAAACUU